AUGCCCCCGGACCCACCAGUGUCUUGGUGCCGUCCACAAGGUAUUAUAGAUUGUUUUGAGGUCCAAAUUGAAAAGUCAUCUAAUCCGGUCGAUCAGUCAUUAUCUUGGUCACAGUACAAGGGUUGUAAUACUGCCAAAUACGUAAUUUCUUCAACACCAAAUGGUUUUAUUAACUUUAUAUCAAAAGGUUAUGGCGGAAGGAUUUCAGAUGUGAACCUAGUAGAACAAUGCGGGCUUAUAAAUCACAUUCCAGCAGAUUGUACUAUAUUAGCGGACAGGGGUUUUAAGCAUUUGGAGACUAUUUUAAAUCAAAAGGGCGUUAGAUUAGUUAGACCACCUAGUGUGUUCAGGAACCAAAAGCAAUCAAAAUGUGAGGUUUUACGAACCAAAGUAAUUGCUAGUCUUCGAGUUCACAUAGAGCGAGUUAUCAGGAGGGUUCGAUUGUUUAAACUUUUGAAGCCACAUAGCACAGUCAACAACAAAUUAUUGAAUAUGCUUGAUGAUAUUCUUGUUGUUGCGUGUGGCUUGACCAAUCUGCAAACUUCCAUCAUAAGAAGAGAUUGAAAGAAUUACAU